GUCAUUUGGAAUAAACGCUCAUGGCGAGAAGGUGGGGCGUCGUGGGCGUGGCUUACUUCUUACCAGGUAACCUGUCACGUGACUACCUUCCACGCUCCCCCUUUCCAAACAGCAGCAACCGUACCAGCGUCACCUGCUGAACCGCCUGCACUUCCUGUUCCUCUCCUGGCAGCAGUUAGCUCCUAAAAGAUGGUCCACUUCUGACUCCCUCAUGAGACCCGUUCAGAUGUUCAAAGCCAUGCUUCUCCUGUCCACCUUGUUCCUCAUCUUCCUCUACUCCAGCUUCCAUAAGGAGGUGCUGGUCGACACACACAAGUCUCGACCACGAGGCCCCCUCAAGCAGGGCGGCACACAGCCUGCAAAUGUCACCAAGUCCUCAAGCAUUAAGUGGGCCACCUCCCCCUCCCGUCUUCCCGCCGUCCUCAAUGUGUCCAUCUCUGCAAGCUUCAGGAGCUCCGUCCCAGAGAACGGCGCCUACUGGAACCGCCUGCUGCACUCGGGUCUCAGGCGUCUGGAGCCUCUCGGCCAUGAGGCGCCGUGGCAAAGCUGCAGGGAGACCAAUCAGGAGCUGCUGGAGACCAACGUGCCCGAUGUGGCUUCCUACCCGCUCCACUUACGCAACUUUUUGCAGGGGAUGAAGUGUCGCUCGCCCCCGCUCCUUAUUGAUCAGCCCGCCAAGUGCGAGGAGGCGAAGGGGUCCAACGCCACCUUCCUGCUCUUUGCCAUCAAAUCCAAGCCGGCCAACUUCGAGCAGAGGCAGGCGGUGCGGGACACGUGGGGGCGGGAGCAGCUUCACAAGGGGCGCUUGAGCGUACGCACGGUGUUCCUUCUGGGCGGCCCCUCCACGGACGACCCCGACUUGGGCCCGCUGCUGGCCUUCGAAGCCGGGCAUUACAGGGACAUCCUGCAGGCCGACUUCCACGAGUCUCUCUUCAACCUCACGCUGAAGAUGAACGCCUUCCUCCAGUGGACACUGGUGAGGUGUCCUCGGGUGUCAUUCGUCUUCAGCGGGGACGAUGACGUCAUCGUUAACACGCAGGCCUUGCUGAGCUACCUGGACUCUCUGGACGGUUCCAAGGCCGCUCGUUUGUACAUGGGCCAAGUUAUCAAGACAGCCAGCCCCCUCAGGGACCCCAGAAGCAAAUACUUCAUCCCUCUGACCUACUACGACGGACGCUACCCCAUCUAUGUGGGCGGCGGCGGAUUCCUGGUCUCUGGAGCGUUACUGCGGCCUCUCUACUCCGCCUGCAACGCAAUCCCCUUCUUCCCCAUCGACGACGUCUACAUCGGGAUGUGCUUCAGCGCUCUGCAGGUUUCCCCCGAGGACCACGGCGGCUUUCACACCUUCGACAUCCGCAAGAAGGAUCGAGACAACAUGUGCGCCUACAGAAGUCUGAUCCUGGUCCACCGGCGCUCCCCGCAGCAGGUGAAGAAGAUCUGGAGGGGCAUGCAGAGUCCGCUGUUGACUUGUUGAGUCGGGGUACUUGAAUCUGCAGCAUCGGCCGCACUCUUGUCACAUGACCACCGACAGGAUACUGUUUUCUGUGGGCAAGGAUCACGCCACAGCGACACAGCUGAAUUUACACCAAAUCCCUUCAAUAUUGGAUCACACCCUGAAGAAACUCCUUUUAUUUCUGGAUUUAGUGACAAACUGCUGUCUCCGCAAGAAGCAUCAAAGCACAACUAUUUUUUUCACCUAUUCUUUUCACCUCUGCCAAGGCAGGAGGAAGAGUUUUACGUUGAUAUUUUCUGGUUAGCUUGCAGGAUCAUGCAAAAAUCAGAUUUCCAUGAAACUUUGCAGAGGAAAGGCACUAAGGGCACAGUUUGAGGCAGAUUGUUUCAUCGCUGUUCGCCAACCCAACCCGUCCUCCAGCCUGCUAGCCAACACGUGGACAAACACGCAUGGAGCUCCAUUUUUUGCGUUAACGCCAGCAGUUUUAGUGCAUGAAUUGAGGCGGUCCCCUUUUUGAAAUAGAAAGCUGUCAAGAUGCUGUAGACGUUUCCCAAAAUCUAAGAAUGCUAUGUGAAUUAAAAAGGAAAGAGGCCUCAAGUCCUUCUAUUUUUUUUUUUACCAUAUUAUAUUUGAUAAAAAGCAUCUAUAACAUGCUUUAAAAAGUUUUUGUGACGUUA